GCGCUAGGGGUUUCGCUGUGGGGAUAUAAAAAUCUCAACAAUUUGCUACACUGGUCUCGCCACAUUCUUUUCUCGCUACUCUUCUUCACCUUCUCCCUCCCGGAUCUCUCGAUCGCGUAACGAUAAUGCUCCGGGAUGUUUCGCGUAUUUAUUAGGUUCGUAUGUAGUGCUUGUCGCUCAUCUAAACACCGUACCACGUCGCGAACGGAUGAACCAGUUACAACCAGUUCGACGCACACUUCGCUCGGAUCAGAUCUGAUGACACGAAAUUAUUAAAGGAGAGAGAGAGAGAGAGGAAAAGUCAGAGAUCUAAUCCGCAUAUUAUAUAAAUAAAAGCGAAUAUUUUUAAAUUCGGCACUGACAUUGCGAUUAUAUAGAUUGAUGAUCUGUAACAACAACAACCGUUGUCGAACGCUUUUAUUGUAAUAUGCCUUUGGGUAUGGGGCUGAACAGACUGGUGCAUUGGUAUCAAAAAAAGAUUGGCACAUACGACAAGCAACAAUGGGAGAGAACUAUAGAGCAGCAUAUUCUUGACGGACUCACACAUGUUCCAAUGAGAACGGCAAAACUUAAAACAGAACUGAUUGACGUUGAUCUUGUUCGUGGAUCUUCAUUUCCGAAAGCCAAACCGAAGCAUGGCUUGUCGACCGUAGCUUGCCUGGCAUUUCAGCGACUCUUGUUUCUUCCAUUCUGCAAAAAGUGGUGGAUAGAGCAAACGAGUUUUCGUAUCUUUGCGCUUUUCUUGCUACUGUACAGCUUGCAAGCAGUUAACAUGACCCUGUAUUACAUGUUUACACACAGGGAGAAUGAGCCAGAAAUUGUGUCAAUGUCAGAAGUAUUAGUACCUGUUGUUAUGAUGUUUGUCCUGUGCAUUGUUCAUUCCCAUAUUGUGUCGACGCAUUCAGGUCCUCCUCUGAAGUAUAAUCAGUCCAAAUUACGAAUACCAAGACGUUCACGACGUGAAGCCAGAUGCAGAAACGGAAAGUCAAGAAGUAGACAAAGUCUAAGUAUGCACAAAGAUUCAAAAUCUCAAGAAAUGGUCUCGGAAAAAGCAAGCACCGGCAGCGAAGAAGUAUUCACAUCAGUUAGAUUUGCUAAGAAAGUGCUAAUCGAAAACUCUUCGACUGUCGGUCAAUCUACUAAGGAAUCUGCGAGUGCUCAAUUAGUGUAUGAGAAAGAAUCAAUAAAGAAAGACAAAAUAAGUACAAAUGAGGAAAAUUCAAACCCCACCAAUGAAAGCUCAGCCAAUCGUGAACAGCCAGAUAACAUGGCGGAAGAGCAUGUGGCGAGCAUACAUCAAGAUGACGAUGGCUUUGAAAGUUUAAAUGGUAACGUCUCUAGUGAUAAUGAUAAAGUAGGCGGCCGUAUACAGGUGCAAAGAAACAGAUCGCGUGCAGGAACAACACGACAAACUAAAGAUCGUACCUCGUGGUCGGAAGAUAGCGCCAGCCAACAAAUUUCACCUCCGUCAAAACGCUCAGCACCCGAUCCAUUAAAAAAUGAUGGCAAUUUUACGGAUAGCAAAAGCAAUCUCAACAGUAUUAAGGAUAAAGACGCGCCGUCUAAAAUAAUGGGAUCAAGAGAGACACGGCAGCAGUGCGAGAGCGAGGAAGAAGGCGAGUGCGAGGAAGCUACGACGCAUCAUCUCACAGAGGCGACAACUUCUGCCACGGAAUGGAUGGGAGUCACCACCAACAGCGACGAGUGCAGUUCAGAACUCGGGGAAUCCGAUCUGCCUAGUGAGACCAAUCUGAAUUACGGGGAAUUUGUUGAGCAUCCUUUUUCCUGGGAGUUCGAAUUACCGCCGUCAAUAUUGCUCAACUCUACUUGCACGUCGUCUGAUCGCGUCUCAUGCACCAUUUGGACACGACGUGAUAUUAAGAAAGCCGAAUUGUCUGUACUCGACAUAAGUUCGGCAAUUAUCGCCAGAGUUGAAUCUAUGCCGGAGAGUAUGAAUUACUUUUAUAGCGGUCUGAUACUUAGUAUCUCGCUGUGUCUCAUACCGUCGAUAAAACGACUGAGCGAUCAUAUAGGAUCGGAUAAUGUUAGCAACGCAUCUAUUAAUCUAUUACCGAACGAUAUAAUCCAGGAAACCUAUUUAUUCAAUUUUGAAACCUACACCGAUGUCCUGUGUAAAGUAAUUGGCAUAGCGUUUGGAAAUACAUUCUGCGAACGAACAGUCGUACUGAUAUCGAUGUUCGAGCGAUUCUUGCUAUCGUGUUUCCUGUUUUUCCUAUUGGCGGUAGCGGAACGCACGUACAAGCAGCGACUUCUGUAUGCCAAAUUGUUCUCUCACUUGACAUCAUCCAGACGCGCACGGAAGUCCGAUUUGCCGCACUUCCGUCUGAACAAAGUGCGCAACAUAAAGACGUGGCUGAGCGUCAGAUCGUAUUUGAAAAGAAGAGGGCCUCAACGAUCCGUAGACGUAAUUGUAUCAGCAGUAUUUAUUGUUACUAUAUUAUUGCUGUCGUUCGUAAGUUUGGAGUUAAUUAAAGAUCUCGAAACUUUACACUCGCGAUACAACGUCGAAGCGUUAUUCUGGAGCUUUUCGCUUGGGAUAUUUAUAUUGCGUUUUAUGACGCUAGGGACGAAAAUCAACAAGAAGUAUAGAAAUCUCUCGGUUUUAAUAACCGAACAGAUAAAUUUAUACUUACAAAUUGAACAAAAACCGCAUAAGAAAGAAGAGCUUAUGGUGGCAAAUAGCGUACUGAAAUUAGCCGCUGAUCUGAUAAAGGAAUUGGAGAGUCCGUUCAAAAUCUCCGGACUCUCGGCUAAUCCGUAUCUGUACACUAUCACUAAAGUAGUAUUACUGUCAGCACUCUCGGGAGUACUCUCGGAAUUGCUCGGUUUCAAGCUCAAACUGCACAAAAUAAAAAUCAAAUGAAGCAAUGCAAGACGGGAGCGCGUAUCAGGAGAGUUGCGCAUUUUUCAACGACAUACAUUUCAGAACGCCUACCGCAUUUGAACUUGAUUUUUUUCU